GAUGUUGAGUGCAAAAAGCAGACGGAUCAUGAUCGGAAAAAAUGGUUUCUUCUCUCUGUUCUUUGUGUUUCUCCUUUCCACAAGCACUCUAACGCAAGUCCUCGCGUGGCGACUCCGGUCAUCCAGCGUUGAAAGCACGGCGGCUGCCACUGCUACCGCGUCCUCUCGCCAGGCCGUCGAUAACGAGAGCGGAUUGCCAGCAGCAGGAGAAAAAUCGCAAUCCAGCGCCGAACGCUUCGCGCAGACCGGGUUGCUUGCCAUCCGCCCUGCCACUCCGGCGGGAUUGGAACAUCAGCGAAAAACCACGGUCCACCGAAAGGCGAAUGGGAUCGUCAGAACAGAAAGCCCGCGACGGAAUGAAGAGGAUGAUCAGGAGCAUGUCGACACGGGAAAGGGCAGCAAGAGGACCCUGGCCACGUUGCCGCAAGUUGGGCAGCUGGUCUUGCUGGACAAGAAGGAAACUGCGGCGAAGAACAGCAUCGGGCGAUCCACGUCUUUGCCCAUGCUGAGUACGUUCUGCACGGAAACCAGCGACGCUGCCAGGAGCGUCAAGCCGCCGCCGCUGCGUCCGAGGGUUUUGCCGAGGAAUCCGUUUCAUCCCGCCUUUUCAAAAAAGUAG